GUCUGAGAAGAACAUUACUGACAUCAAUGCCGUUGCAAACGAGUGUCUAAUUAGACACUAACGUUUAGAGCUGAUGAGUGAUCCGAGCAUUGAUUUUUGCUUCUGCUUUCUGCAGACUCUUGGACAGGAGAGCCUGAUCGGCACAGACAAUGGCAGCUGACUCGUUUCUAUGGCAGCAGCCACCAGAUGGCAGCAUCGUCCCCUCUCUCCUUCCCUCUGUCUCCCUCUCUCUUUUCACGGCGCGAGGGGAACUGUCAGCGAGUUGUCACCCUCAGUUCAGACUUCCAGGCACGCGGCGCUGUUUGGAUUCUCUUCUGUUCAGGUGGAACWACAGCGGACAUCAGCGCGUGGAGGGUGAGACUCUGCUGGAGGAACGGAGGCGAGGAGCCCGCAACAGGGCCAUGGGGUGAUGAGGGCUCUCCUCGGCUGACUUCAGUGCAGAUGACUAGUGAUGGCCACAGCAUCACCUGAACAUUUGUUGGAUGAGAUAAUAAACACCGAACAAAYACAGGACGGAGAGGAGCAGCAGGAGUUCUUGAGAUUGUUAGAGACUGUUAUUCUCACCAUCCUCCUCUCCAUCAUCAUCCUCAUAACAGUGUUUGGAAACCUGUUGGUUAUGGUAGCGCUGUGCAAGGACAGGCACCUGAGAAAGAAAAAAACCAACUACUUCAUCGUGUCGCUGGCCUUCGCUGAUUUACUGGUUGCACUGGUUGUGAUGCCCUUCGCUGCGAUCGAGCUGACCACUGGUCAGUGGCUCUAUGGGGAGAUUUUCUGCCUGGUGCGAACCUCUCUAGAUGUUUUAUUGACCACAGCAUCCAUCCUGCACCUCUGCUGCAUUGCACUGGACAGAUAUUAUGCUAUCUGCUGCCAGCCACUGGUCUACAGACACAAGAUGACCCCAGUGAGAGUGGCAGUCAUGCUCAGCGGGUGCUGGAUCAUCCCCACGUUCAUCUCCUUCCUACCCAUCAUGCAAAGCUGGAAUGCCAUCGGGAUCGAGGACAUUAUUGAAGAGAGGCGAACUGCAGCUGGAGGCUCCAACGARACAAGCUGUGUGUUUCUGGUCAACCGGCCUUACGCCCUGAUCUGCUCUGCAGUGGCCUUCUACGUCCCCUUGGCCCUCAUGGUCCUGGCCUACCAGCGUAUUUACGUCACCGCCAUGACUCACGUCAGGCAGAUUGAGACACUUCAGCGGGCCGGCUCUGCUCCUGUCACUGGGACAGAUCCAAUAGUCACUGUGAGAUGCUCCACGUCCUCAGACCCAUUGGAGCAUUACCGCCUCAGGCCGACGGUGGGCUCCUCAUCAUCAGAGCACCCUCCUGUAGCAAACAGUCGAAUGCGCAUCGAGACCAAGGCAGCAAAAACACUGGCAGUGAUCAUGGGCUGUUUCUGCCUUUGCUGGGCACCAUUUUUCAUCACCAACGUGGUGGACCCAUUCAUUCACUACUCAGUGCCCUGGCAGCUGUGGACAGCCUGGUUGUGGCUGGGGUACAUUAACUCAGGAUUGAAUCCCUUCCUGUAUGCCUUCCUGAACCGGGCUUUUCGAAGGGCCUUUCUGGUGAUUCUCUGCUGUGGAGACGAACGAUACGCUCGUCAGGGGAGCUACUCUCAUGGAUAUACCCACAGAGCGUGCUCAGCUCCAUCUGUCAACGGGACAUCAAUGGCAUUAAGAUUGUCGUUCCUGCCAAACCGGAGCUACAGCGACAACGGCCGGACGAUUCUUGCCAACGAGCAGGAGUCCCAGGACUCUCUUGGACCACUAUGAGGACUUUUUUUUUGAGCUGGACUUCUUGGCCUAUGUGAUUUCAACAAUUAACUGUGAACUGCCUCUCCUGAUCCAUAUUCAGUCACAUCAUAUUUAUCUGCUGAUGCUCAUCAGCUCAGACUUCAGGCUUUAGAUCAUAAUUGUGCAACAUGAAAGUAUUCAUCACAGAAAACUCUUGGGUUCAUUUGAAACAUUUUUUUUCUUAAAGCUCUGCUGUCAUUCUGUUACUGAAAACACUCUAACACGUCACAUAAUGGGUCAGUUCACUAAAAACUCUAUAAACCUAACUGCUUAUAAGAGAUAAAAAAAAAACAUCUGCAGCUUUUAUCUCAUAUAUUCCAUCAUAACUUUUUGUAAGAGAGACUUGUGGUCUAACAGAUGUUUGGUUCUAUUAAAGUUUCAUUUAUUGUA